AUGAGGUGUUUCGCUUUGGUGAUUUGUCUGAUAACGAUUUCGAUCGCUCACUCAAUUUUGGUUGAAAGCCAAAGAGUCAGGAGAGAUGUGUUUGACUUGGAAAUAGCUGCGUCUCAUCAUCAUCAUCAUGAAGAGAAGGGUGGUGGUGAAGAGCAUUUUGCCGAUCAUUACAGCAAGCACGGCGAAAAGGGAGACAAGGGCUAUAAAGGCGGACAUCAUCACGAAAAGGGUGAAAAGGGACACCACGAUAAAGGGGGACACUCGGGACACUAUCACGAGGAUGAAGGACACAAGAAGCAUCAUCACCAUGAUGAUGGUUACUAUGCUGAGCAUCAUAAAGGUGAAAAGGGAGAGAAGGGCCAUAAAUUUCAUGAGAAGGGCCACUAUGGCAAGGGUCAUAGCACCAAGGGGCAUCACGAAGUUCAUAAACUAGAUGAAUUUAAAAAGGACAAAAAGUUCUUUGACGAACACCACGAUUCCGGUCAUCACGAGGAUCAUGGUGGUCACCAUCACGAGCACGGUCAUAAAAAGGGUGGCCAUUUCAAGAAGGGUCAUCACGAUCACGGUCAUCAUGAGGAUAAAUAUGGCAAAAAGGGUCACUUCGAGAAGGGACAUCAUCAUCAUGAUGAAAAGGGUCACAAAGGUGAAGGUGGACACGACGAGCAUUACGAACAUCAUUCCAAGCAUGGUAAAAAAGGUGAACAUGAGGAUCACAAGAAAUGGGGAUUUAAAGAUGGACAUUGA